CCGGGUCUGAUGUUGUGUUUGGUUGGUUUGGCCGCUCGGGCUGCGCUCCGUGUUUGGUUGGUUUGGUUUGUUUGGCCGCUCGGGCUGCGCUCCGUGUUUGGUUGGUUUGGCCGCUCGGGCUGCGCUCCGUGUUUGGUUGGUUUGGUUGGUUUGGCCGCUCGGGCUGCGCUCCGUGUUUGGUUGGUUUGGUUGGUUUGGCCGCUCGGGCUGCGCUCCGUGUUUGGUUGGUUUGGCCGCUCGGGCUGUACAUCUGAGGCUCCCCCGGGGCCGUGCCUGGCAUUCCCUGAGUACAGCUCACACAAACUGCACUCAGGCAGUGCAGUUGGUAUUGGAUGGGAGCUGUAAAUUAUUAUCUAUGCUAAUGUGGUAAUGCACGUCUAUUCUUUCCUUUUCUUUAUUGCUUUUAGAUUUAUAUGUAAUACUAUUUUUCAAUAAAGGUUCCAAAUUAAUAAUUUUAUUAUAUGGAAGCUUUAGAUGCACUUUCCAUUAUGGUUAAAAUGUGACUAUGGAGCUAAAAUAUAUAUUAAAAACUACUCCAUAUUUUAUAUCUUUGUAUUGUAGAGACAGUCUGUUGAGUCUAAUUUAGAAAGCUUCUACCUGUGUCAGCUUUAGACAAACCUAAAGUCCUGUGGGCCCGGCAGGGGUGAAGGGUCCCUCCUGCUUGUCUGGGUUCCACCUGAGGGGUUCCUCACGGCCGCCGCCUGACUUGGUGCCGCUUUCUCUCCCUGCUCUGCGAAAUCCAUUUAUUCGCCCCUGGGAGAGGCUGCCGAGCACUCUGGUACAACCUGCCCCACGCUGUCUGUUAGAUCUUGUUCUGGUUAAUUAGUAGAUGGUUUUCCUGAUGCCUUGUUCCUUAGUAUUUGGGGUCUUUUAAAUUAAUUGGGCUAAUUAAUUGCUCUAUAUCUGUUUGUUAUUUGCCUUUUCCUCAAGCCAGCCUGCCUGGAGCAAACUUGGAAGCUGAGCUAGUUUUCAUCUUUCUCCAGGAAACAGUUCCUUAUUUCUGGGAAUAGUUUAAUGAAAGCAGUGUGAUUAUAAUCCUCAAAGGUUCCAGUACCCUGCCCUGCCAACUACAGCCCAGGUAGAGUUAGGAUGACUGAAGGAGAGGGCCCUGUUGUGUUGUCUAACAGUGGGAAAUGGGGAAAAAGAAGAAAAUGGAGGAAAAGUAGCAGUGUGGGAUCCGAAGGAAAAUUUGUCAUAAUUUAGAGCUCUGGUGCCACUAAAAUGAACUUCUCUCUGUAUUUCAGGUAAAUACUAUUAGAAGAUUGAAUUAAUGUAAUCUGCUUUUAUUCAGCAUGUAAAUUUACUGAAGGAGGAGGAGCUAGUUACCGGAAAUCAACAGAAAAUAUAAAUGAAAGGAACAGUUCAAAACCACAAGAAAGACAUCAGUGUUGGUAACUUAUUUUCUCCAAGCAUAAUUAUCAGCAGCUGAACAUGUAAAUCUAUGUUUUGCAAUUGUGAAAUUAUAUUGACAAGUAAAUACAGGAACUCUACUCUAAAAAUAUUUAUGGUUACUCUGUAAACUUGUAGGCCAAGAACUAAAUAUCUCCUUUUUAAGGCAAAGAAAAGGUUUAUUCUCAUAAUGGUCUCUACCUUAAAGAUAAAUUAGCUAUAAUCUGUUGUUCUGAAUAUAUUAUUUCCUUUUAAGAAGAAACAAUAAAUUGGUUUAUAGCUUUGUAGUAGCUGAAUGCUUUAGUAGAUGAGAAGCUUUCAAAGCACAUAAUGAAUUUUAGAGAUCUGGUUUUAGUAUGUCAUAAAAAGAGUACAUAAUUUCUGUGAGUAGAAAUCCUCAUACAGGUGUGUGUAGAUACUGGUAAAUAUAAUAAGAAAUCACACUGGUGGAUGGUUUCUUACUGUUAACAUUUGUUACUUUUAAUAACAGCCAAAAACUUGGCUGGUUUGGAUCUUUGCUUAAGAGGAUUGAGCCUCCUAUGUCAUUUACUUUCAUUUUAUUAGGGAGACCUACCACCUUAUGUUUACCUUCAUAUGCAGUAUUUGUUUUCUUUAUCUUUGGUUCCAGUUGGUACAAUCAAUUCGUUAUUUAUUCAAAGAAUUAGUGGGAAAAGUAGUAAGGGUUGGUGUUUGCGAUUAUAAAAACAGGAGAGAUACCACUCAAUGGAUAUUCUUUGCAUCAUCACAUGCAUCUCCUACAUCACUCUUGUUGGAGUGAUGCAGUCAUUCUGAUACCUGAGAGGAAUACAGUCUUACAGCUGUCUGAAGCAAGACACUUCCUAUAUAUCAAUGCUUUAUUUAUGUAUUUAUGGAACAGAGUUAGAAUCCUCAGCAGAUGGUUUUGUCAUGAUUAGUAAUAAAGGCCUUUACUCAUGUAGACAUACUUUUCUGCAAUUGCAGUCGUGGUUCCUGUACUCAACCAGCCUGGUGAUCAAGGGUGUAUAUGCCCAACUCUUGUUUCUUGAGGUGCACACUUUGCCUCCUUAAGUUUCGGCCUGUUGCUAAUCAGCAAUUGCUUACCCAUUUUUCAGAUGAACAGCUAAUUUCUUUUACUGUUCUUUCCCUUUCUUCCAUCCUGACACAUGUAACAUGAAUCACCUUGUUGCUUUUUACUUGGACGGUAUCAAAUUUGCAUAUGGGUGUCAACAGGAAAACAAGCAGAGAAUUUCUGUUCUCUGCCGGGAGGCAGGAAUGGACUGGGAAUGGGGAAUAAUUAGAUCUGGAGCCUGUUUCAUUUAGCCACCAGAGGACUCUGGCUCUGAAACAGGCUAGCACAAAACAGGAGUUAAAACUGGAGUUAAAAUAGCUUCCCCCCGACCUUGGGACCAUGCAGCAUCUUUAUAUCCCACAAAAAUUAUGCAUUUAUCUUUUAAUCUCAUUAUAUAAACCACUGCUAGAAUCUGCUUGUUUGUAUAUUUUUAAUCUGGCUAUAUUGCUAUUUCUCAUUCUUGUUGAAAGCAGUAUACUGGAGACACAGGUAAGAGAAGAAUCUGCUGAGCUGCAGCUUCAGCUUCUUGCAGCACCCUUGAUUUUUGUAAAUAAGUAUAAAAAAAAACUUUUAUUACAAACACUGGGAAAAAAAAUUAGGACUCUGAGGGAUUGUAUAUCUUUUCAGUCACACUAAAUUUGUUUAAAGAGCUUCAGUAUUUCCUCUAUAAGGUGAAAUCAGAAUCUCAGCAGACUUAACUUUGUGCUGAGAUGGAUUCUUUCAAGCAUCCAGAUCUCAAAAGUUAGCACAAUUUCUACAAACGUCUUAGGAAAAUAUCCUUUAAAUAAUAUUUUUAAGCUAUGAUUUUUAGUCUUAUUAAAGAUGUAUGUUAAUCAAGUGUGACAGUUUCAUUUAAUGAACCUUUAAUGGCCCUGGGCCCAUAAUUAUUAAAGGAUAUUUUCUACAGAAACAAACUGUUAGAAAAAUAUUUUUGCUAUAGAUGGAAAGUAAAAGAUCUGUAUCUCCAGGAAAAAUGUAAAUGAUGGCAUUUGUUUUGAGCUAUUUUAGGGGGAUGUAUAGUGAGUAACUAGCAGUCACAGGUUUGUCUAAUCUGAAUUCCUGCAUUAGAAAUAAAUUAGUAUAAAAAGCAUAUGUGAAUUUAAAAAGUUCUUGCUUGCCUGGAGCUUUUCAUUCUGGAAUUUGCCCUCAGCAUCGGCUCCUUGGCCCAAGGUAGCAUAAAUUGUUUGAUCCUUUUGAUCCUUAAGGUAUGUGUUUAGUAAGAUUUACUAAAUCUUACUUGUUUAGUAAGAUUUAAUGGAGGCUGCGCCAGUGUAAUAUUUGAAGACAUGUUUGGAUUUAGAAUUUUACAUAAACCGUGAAAACUACACACAUUUAGUAGAUCUGUGGAGUUUAAUCAUUUUUUUUUUUACUUCAGCUAAAAUGUUUUGGACACUGAGAGAAUUUUUUAAUUUUAUGUGAAAUUAGGAAAAAGAGAGAGCUGUAGAUAAUUACAGUAAAUGUAGUUAACAGAACAUAGCAGGCAAAGGUCUGCAAUUAGUAGCAAGUUGAAAAGAUGACAGGCUCUAAGAAAACUGAUAUGAAAUAAUAAAAAAAAUAAAAGUGGUGCAGUUUAUGUAAAGAAAUGUAACAAGGCCUUUGAAACAGGCUUUGAAUAAAGGUUAUGAGAUGUUCUGCUGGUAGUGGUUGUGAGGUAAGGCUUUUUUUGAUUUCGUUUGGAUUCAGUGCUGGAAGAUGGGAAGAACAAUAGGACUACCAGUUUAAUGUUUGCACCAAAAAUUAUUGUUUGACACUAUUUGUUUCCAGUUAUAUGACUAAAAAAAGGGGCCCUGUCAUACAGUUGGUUAAACUAACUGAGAUGACUAGCAAGGAGCAUCCAGAAUUAGUCCACCCCUCUGUUCAUUUUUAGUAAAUACAAGUUUUAUGUUGAAACAUUCACUGUCUUACCUCACAAGUAAAUAGAUGGGCAAGUACAUAGCCCUGGGUAGUUUUACAUUUCCAUAGUUUUACUGUGAAUUAAGCCUGAAACAUUCUGUCCCAAGCAUGCUCCACCCACACCAAGGAUGGUCUGCCUUGUGGUGCUGUUGGUCACUGACCUUAGUAACAACAUGGCUUUGGUUUGGCCUCUCUGAUAUUUCUGUUUGGGAUCUUAUGACUGUGCAAAUUUGUAGUGACAGUGUUUUCAACUCUGAGGUAUCAGAGUUGCAAAUUUCUGAAAGAUACCAGUCCUAAUUGCAGAGUGAAGGAUGUGAACAGUGUGUGAGCUUUAUUUGGCUCUUAUAUUCCUUUAUCGCAUAGUGAGGCUGUCAACACCCAGAAAUAUUCUGUAGCUGCAAAAAGCAGCCCAUCCCACCACAAAAAUUCUGUCUGGGUCUAGUACAGUCUUCUGCAACUUGCAUGCAGGAAGAUUUAGGCAUAAAAGAAAAGGAUUGUAGCAUCUUGUAAGGUGGAACAUGUAAAAUCCAUUUCAAGAUGAAGGUUUUUUUCUGCUGAACUCCAUAUAAGUGUCUGGCCUCAUUUGCUAGGAUUUAUUUCAAAACCUGAAGACAACCUAGAAAUGUACCAAAACUACAAAGAUAAGUUCUGUGUCAAACUAUUACAGCUUGACAUUCAUGAGCCUAUUGUUCAAGUGACAGACCGUAGCUGACAGUUGCAGGAAGCACAGUUUAUCACAAUGAUGUGAGUUUUCUGUUACAGUCACAUGAUAGAGAGUCCAAAGCAACUCUUCUCCACCAAUUCCUGCUGAUAAAUUCCCUGUACUUCACAGCCUGCCUUCCCUUCUGGCAGUAACAAGCUGCCCUUCGUACUGGAGGAGUGAUCUGCCACCAGAGAAUGCUUGAUUGUGUCAAAAUAAUUUGCUAACCGUCAGCAAGUUGAAGAAAAAUUAUAGGAAAAACAAAGCAAAAAAAUCCUUCAUAAACACAGUGUAUACAGAAGACACAAUUUUGAGGUUAUUAUUUAUUCACUGGAAGUACAAGACUUAGAGGGUGAGCAGCCAUUUCCUUCCAGGAGACCAGCCUGUUAUCCAGCCACUAAACGCUCAAGAUGCAACUCAAUCAAGGUAAUUAGCAGUUCCCUAAUUCGUUUCCUUCAUGUAGCAUCUAAAACACCUUAGAUGACCUGAAGAAGAAAAAGAAGAGUUUUCUUGCAGCAGAGUUUUCUUUAUAAUGUUACUGGAAAAUUGGUUGCAAGGAAGAGACCUUGUGGCUUUCUGCAGAGAAUUGUUGGAACAAAGUGAUUGGAGAAUUAUCCCAAAAUGAAAGAGCUAAAUCAAUCCUGACAAAUAGAGUUUUGCUGCAUACGAUGACACAUUUUUACCAUUGAAAUACCCCCAUUUUGUGUUCAGAUAUUUUCAAAUCAAGUUUCUGGUGUUGAGAAUAGAUCCCUUAGAAGCUCACUUCAAAGUUUUCUUUCAUUUCAGAUUGCACUUCUACAAUUAUAUGUUCGGAUAUUGUGCAAGGCACUCUGGAAUGAAAUCCACACCUUCUACAAAGUUAAUAUUUGCUGCCUUAGUUACGCCUAGUCACUAUGGCUGUCUUUGUACCAUUAAGUAAAACAUUUUAGAUUAUGUUCUCUGUCUCUGAAGGCCAUGGCAGAGCAUGGCUUGCAUCCCUCUUCCUCCUCCAGACAGGGUAGUCAUUAAUAUAAUCUCCAGUGACAACCUCUGCCCUGCAUUGUCCCACACAAGUGCCAGUUCAUACAAAACCAUGUCAGGGAAGGUGCUCACAGUGGGUGGCUUGAGCCAUUCUCUGGAUUUUGUUUAGUUCACUAGUAUAGAAGUAGCCUAAAUAGCUGAACUGGAUUCUCUUACAUCCUGGGAAGUAAUUUCUUCAGUCAUGUGUAGAAACUUCCACAUUAUACCAUAGGCCUGCUCUGGUGAGGUGCAGGAAGUGGUGCUGGAGGAGGUGCUUGGCUGUUACAGUGCUGGGUUUCAUAGGUUCUGGACUUUAAGGCAUUUCCUAAUGUAAUUAAUCUGUGUUUUUCUUUAAGAAAAUAGCUUCACUGAAUGUUCUUUUUUGAAACUAGUCUUAGUAAAAUUAGAAUUGCUUCAAAUUGUGUGAAUGAAUUUGUGGAAAUAGUGGCAAAAGACAAGAUUUGCAUCUUUAAGCACUGUGAACUCAUUAAAAUUCUUCUCAUGGAUAAUUAAAGAAAAGUGAAUUAAAAAGAAAAUUUAACAGUAAGCAGCUCACAGGCACUGCAACAUUUCAAGCAUGUUAAAAUCAGAAAAAAAUAGCUUUUGUAGCAGUAGUCUCCUCUUGUAUUACGUUUUGGUUUUUUCUAACAAAUAGCCAGUUACUAUUGGUUUCUUUGGUUUUCCAAGUAGCUCAUUUAUGCCUGAUCUGCACAGUUCUUCAGCAUAUUUGUGACCAGCUUUGCAGGAUUUGUCAGCAUGCCUAACAGUGGAGAGACUCUCACAAAACAGUUGCAGACUGAAAAUGCAAGGAAUGUUUCAGGAAGCUGUGAAAAUGGAACCUUUACAGAUGCACAGACUGUUGGCAGGAAUCUGCUACCUCAUUUGGAGGAGACCCGUGGUGAAGGCAUAGAGCCAGCACAUUCUCUAUGGACUUCUUUUGCUGAUGGCAGAGUCAGACUGAGAAUAGAUAACUCAUGCCCACAGACUCCCAUAACAGUUCAUCAGAUGUUCAAGGAGAGCCUGGAAAAAUAUGGAUCCCUUAAUGCUUUGGCCAGCAAAAAGAAUGGAAAAUGGGAGAAAAUAACUUUUUCAGAAUAUUAUUGCCUCUCUAGGAAAGCGGCCAAGAGUUUCUUGAAGCUUGGUCUUGAAUGAAUCCAUAGUGUAGCAAUCCUUGGAUUUAAUUCUCCAGAGUGGUUCAUCUCAGCUGUUGGAGCUAUUUUUGCAGGAGGAAUUGUCACAGGAAUUUAUACAACCAAUUCUCCAGAGGCCUGUCACUACAUUGCACAUGACAGCAAGACUUAUAUCAUGGUUGUGGAAAAUCAGAAACAGCUGGACAAGAUAAUGCAGAUCUGGAAUCGGUUGCCCCACUUGAAGGCUGUGGUGCUAUAUAAGGACUCCAUUGCAGAGAGACAUCCAAAUCUGUACAUGAUGGAAGAGUUUCUGGAGCUGGGAGUUGACAUCUCUGACAGUGCUUUGGAUGACAUUAUUAACUCCCAAAAGCCAAAUCAGUGCUGUGUUCUGAUAUACACCUCCGGAACAACUGGGAAGCCAAAAGGAGCCAUGCUGAGUCAUGACAACAUAACUUGGACAUCAGCCCAUUGCAGCAGAGCAUGAGGUAUGCAACCUACAGAGAUCCAGCAGGAAUCUAUAGUCAGUUAUCUCCCACUCAGCCACAUAGCUGCACAGUCUAUGACCUGAAUCAAAUGGGGAUAGCAAGUUUACUUUGCUGAGCCAGAUGCUCUAAAGGGCAGCUUGAUCAACACACUAAAAGAAGUGCAGCCAACAUCUCCCCAAGUGUGGGAGAAAAUAAUGGAGAAAUUAAAGGAUGCUUCUGCUCCAUCAGGAUUUAUGGAAAAGAAAAUGCUUUCCUGGGCUAUGUCACUUAGCUUAGAGAAGAACCUGCAUGGCUCAAACAGCAGUGAUCUAAAGCAGCUCUGGACAAGAUUAGCAGACUACUUAGUGCUUGCAAAAAUCCAUAGUGCACUGGGGCUUUCUUCCUGUCAGAAGCACUUUUCUGGUGCUGCUCCUCUCAAUACAGAAACACUGUAUUUCUUCUUGGGUCGGAACAUCGCCCUGUAUGAGGCCUAUGGGAUGAGUGAGACCACAGACCCACAUUGCCUGUCUGGGCCUUACAUUUACAGGCAACACAGCUGUGGUAAACCAGCACCUGGAUGCAGAGUGAAACUGGUGGACAAAGAUACAAAAGGCAAUGGAGAAAUCUGUUUCUGGUGAAGGACUGUUUUCAUAGGUUAUUUAAAUAUGGAAGACAGAAAAAAAGAAGGCUUUGAUGAGGAGGGGUAGCUGCAUUCUGGAGAUUUAGGAAAGCUAGACAAUUAUGGCUUUCUCUAUGUCACUGGAAGAAUUAAAGAUUUGAUUAUUACAGCUGGAGGUGAAAAUGUGCCUCCUCCAAUCCCAAUCGAAGAUGCUGUUAAAAAAGAACUCCCAAUUGUUAGUAAUGCUAUGGUGAUUGGAGAUAAAAAGAAGUUUUUGUCAAUGUUCCUGACCCUAAAGAGUGUGCUGGACCCAGAUACAUCUGAUCCUACUGACAUUCUCACAGAGCAAGCCAGAGACUUCUGCCAGAGGAGUGGUAGUAAAGCCACCAAAGUGUCUGAUAUUGUAGCCACAAGAGACCAGGCGACCCACAGAGCCAUCCAGGAGGGAAUUGACAGAGUCAACAGCACUGCUACCAACAGGGUUCAUUGCAUUCAGAAAUUGAUUGUCUUGCCAAGAGAUUUUUGCAUUUCUGGGGGAGAACUAGGUCCCACAAUGAAGCUGAAGCGGCUCGCUGUGCUCAAGAAAUACCGAAAUGAAGUAGACUCCUAUAAAGAAUAAAAAGUGUUUCCUCCAAGCAUUAAAAAAGAUCUGUGAACAAAAGGAAGUAUUUUCUCAUCAACAGCAUAAACAAAGAUUUAUGCCUUAAGUUUGUAGUCUAUUGAACCACACCACUAGAAAGCUGCUGUCAAUUUAGUUGUUCCUGAUACUCACCUGAUCAUUUGUCCUUUUUAUACAGAAGCAUCUACAGUAUGUCCAUUCUCUAAUUCUGCUUUUACUUUAUUAUCUUAAUGAUUAAAACAUCUUUCUGUGUUGUAUAAAGCAGAUAUAAUUCCUCUAGAUUGAAACAUAACAAGUUUUUUAUAGUCUUCCAUUUUUCUUUUUUUUUUUAUUUUGUUCUACAGGAUGUUUUCUGUAGCUCAUGAUAUAUUUUGCUAGAUAGCAGUACUGCUUAAUGAAACUGUCAUACCACUCCAGUGAUAAUUAUUUAAAAAAAAAAUUACAAAUCAAAAGGGCUGGGAUUUUUUUCCCUUCCCAAAGAACACUUUCUUGUUCACUAACACAUUUCAGAACCUGAAGACACUCCUGUUUCUGUAAUGCCUAGAAUACAGACUUCUGUGAACACAGCAGUUCACUUCUUAAAUCCAUGUUGGAAUAAGCAUUACUAUUUCUCAUAAAAACAAACAAUCAGAAGAAGUAUGGGAAUAGCUCCCUAAGACUAAAAGGAACAAAGGAAUAACUCCAGGAGCUCUCACAUGAAAAUGCUAUUACAGAAACUUCUUUAAAAUGGUUUACAGUGCUUUUCUUUGAGCAGUGUUUGUCAGUGUGUAUCUGCAUGUUUCACAUUGCACUAAUUCUGACAAAUGUGGGCUGCGUUUCUUCUUACCCAUAUGCAAAAUAAAUCAUAUUAUGAGAAGGAAAUGCUUGGCACAAAGUUGUGUAAAGGGUGUGCUGUAAGUGAUUCUGGCAGACAGCUCUAGUAGCUCACACAGGCAAGGCAGGCCACAGCCUGUUAUUGAGACAAAGAAAUUAUGCAGAACAGGAUAAGGUUUCUAUAAAAGUUCCAUUACCAGUCUCACACAUCAUACAGAGCUAAGAUUUGUUGCAAAUACAAUAAUCAGCUUAGUAUAUAAGACAAAGCAGCAGCCUAGGAUUAUAAAAACAAAACGAGCGAUAGGACUUUGAAAAGUUUAUUCUUCCCCAUUUUGUGCGCAAUGGUAAUUCAGAAUUUCUUUAACAAUAUUAACCUUAAGGAAACAAGGAAGCAGCAGCUAGAAAAACACAGAAAGGAAGGUUGCACUAUUCACAAAAAGCAGCAUGUGGGAGGAAUAAAUCUCCUCCAGCAUGUUGUAAGACUGUAUAAAAAAGCUGGGAUGCUUACUUUAGAGAAUGACACAAAAAGUUGUUACUCCAAAGUUGUUUUACUGCUGACACAACCAGCUCUAAACAGUUGUAAUAGAUAUUACUCCACUUAGUUACUGUCUAUGAAUAGAACAAAGCUGUAAGAAGCCUGCUUCUGGCAGGAGGGAUAAUCCUGUGCUAUACUAAUGAGUUUGAAAAUAUGUAUUUUCUUAUCAGGUGCAGGAACGGAAGCAAUACCUUGAUAGUUACAGAUCAGAACGACUCGAGUGACAAUCAGCAUCUGAUGGGGAGGGGAAGGGAGGGCAACAAGUCGCUUUUGCACCCAUUAAGCUUAGUAAGCAAGUUAAAAAUAGAUUCAGAUCCCCUUGAAUAGGGAUGAAAUGUAUUUCUGGAAUAUAGGCACCAGAGCCAAACCACUGAUCUGCCUUAAUCCAUUUAGGACUUGUCUUUUACAUUCAGUUUCUAGAAUAAAAUAGUCAAUACAGCAAGACACCCUGAACAGACUGUGCAGAAACUACAACACAAAAAGCAUUCUAGCCAAAGUAAUGAAAAAUUUAGUGUAAAUUUGCUAAGUUAAUAUUUUCCCCUCACAAUAUAUGGUGGAAGUAAUUUUGUAUCAUUUGCCCUCAUUAGAACUCUAUUGUAAAGUGUGCUUCAGAGAGGAAAACUUGUAAGAAUUAUUUUGGUAUGUAGAUUUGAAAAAUAACUUUACUUCAGCAUUAAUUUUCAGCCCUUGUUAAUGGCUGUAGGUUUUUUUAAAAUACAGAAAUAGAUUAAAUCUCUAGAAGUUUGUAUAUCUUAAUUCAUGCCUUUUGUGGGCAGGGCUAUAUUUCAUGAAUCACCAGAGUAUUAAGGUGGGUUUCUUGUUGCUUCCAACACAAAAUUAUUAUUUUAAGAUACUUUAUACCCGUUUCUGUGCAUGAAGA